AUGGCGUUUUCUGCGUCACGGCUACGCUUUGUGCAAUUCCUGCUGGUCGUGUUCGUGGUUGUCUUUAUCCUCGUCCAGCUACGACCAAGCACUCACAGGGCAACCGCCCCCACCCAGGAGGUAUGGAGCGACCAUGAUUGGGAUACCUCCGACGACAUCGGAAACGAAACCCUUGGGGUUCAAAAAGUAUUCGCCAUUAACCUCGUCAGCCGGCCUGACAAGCGGGACAAUAUCGUUCUGGGAUCAUCAGUCAGUAAUUUCCACGUCGAAUGGAUCGACGGUGUGACUCCGGAUGAAAUAAACGGUAAAUCCUAUCCAUAUAACUGGAAUCAUGACCGUAAACAAACCGAGUACGCUGCCCGACGGGCGCAUGUCAAUGGACUCCAGCGAAUUGUCCAGGAGAGACUAGCAAGCGCUAUGAUUAUGGAAGACGACACCGACUGGGAUGUAUCAAUAAAAGUCCAGCUUCAGAGUUUCGCUCACGCAGUCCGAGCCCUCCAGCUUAAGGAUACCCAGAAAGUCCCAACCCAGUCACCAUAUGGCGACGACUGGGACAUUUUAUGGAUAGGCCACUGUGGCGUGUCAUGUAAAACUGAUUUGCCAUUUUACCUUACCCCAAACGACCCGACUAUCCCAAUGCCCCAUCACUUUCGCCCGCUGUGGCGUGAUUCUCCGAUAUUCAAGGGACACGAGAGACCCGAUCACAGUCGACUUGUGUGUACAGCAAGUGACGCAAUCUGCUCAAUGUUCUAUGCCGUGAGCUACCGUGGUGCGCAACGAAUUCUCGCAGCCCUAUCGGUCAACCCUUCUGGUCUGGCGGAGGAGAUUGAUAUCGGUGCCCAGUUUGACGUCUCGCUGGGGCGAAUGUGCGGCAAAGGUUAUUUGCGGUGCUUUGCGCCAUUCCCAUCAAUCACCGGCGCUUUCCGCCAGGCAGGACCAAAGGCAAAAACAUCCGAUAUCAAUGAUGAGACUGGUGAGCAAGGAGGUUUUUCCAGCUCGGGGGUGAUGUAUAGCACAAUGCUCAAUAUCAACCGUAUCCUGAAGGGGGAACGGACUGUUCAUGCGACGUGGGACGAUGUGGAUGUGUUGGAUGUCAUUCCUGGAGAUAUCACAAUGGAGCAGGGAGCUCUCUACGGUAAUUAA